UUUUUCUCCGUCAAUCAUUCUUGAAACGCCGUCAUAUGUUUCAUUCUUGACCACACCAACUCAUUGCCGACGAAGGAGAUUGUGCCGCUGAAGCCAUGGAUGAAGAGGGAAGGCAACGAGUUCGGGCCAACGCAUCUGGUGGUGAAGUUGAUUGGCUAAGAACUUUGCCAGAAGCUUUGCAAUGGCAUGUUCUCUUGAAUCUUCCGACAAAAGAUGUGGUCAAGACUAGUCUCGUAUACAGCAAAUGGAGACAUCUCUGGAGGUAUGUUCCUGGUCUGGACCUGGACUGUCGUAAUUUCAAGGAGUACAAUGAUGUUGUGAGCUUUAUCGAUAAGUUCUUGAGUUUUAAUAGUGAGUCGUCCCUAAAAAAGUUUAAGUUAAGGUAUAAUUGUGUUCUUGAUCGGCAAGUGACUAAGGAAACCAAGACGGCUAAUCUCAUGCGAUGGAUCAACAAUGUUGUUGACCGGAAAGUUCAGCAUCUUGAUGUUUGGUGGGGUGAAGUGGAUAUGCCUCCAACACUUUACAAGUGUGAGAGCUUGGUUUCUUUAAAGCUGGCUGAUGCAAUAUUGCCUAAUCUUGAGUCUGUGUCUUUACCGUCUGUCAAAGUUCUUGAUCUUGUUUUUGUUAAGUUUGCCAACGAUUUGGCUUUCGAAAGGCUCAUCUCAGGCUGCAUAGUUCUGGAAAGCCUAACUUUACAUAGAAAUGAGAAUGACAAUGUAAUUGUCUUAAAUGUGAGCUCAAAGUCGCUGCUGAGCUUCUGCUAUAAUGGCUCCACUAAGAAGGGUCCUCAUGAUGAUCUAGUGGUGUCAAUUGACACUCCCAAGCUUGAGGAGCUCCAGCUCUCUGAUCAUUUAACUGCCAGUUUCAUUAUAGCUAAUCUGAGCUCCCUUGUAGAGGCGGAUAUCGAUGUUCAGUUUAACUUUUGUUUCGGCAAAAAGUUUGACCCAUUGGAUCUACCAAAGGGAAAGAUGAUUAGCAACUUUCUUGUUGGGAUAUCUAAUGCAAAAAAUAUGAUCAUGUCUCCUACAACUCUUGAGGUCAUUUAUGAUGCUUCAAGAUGUGAACCACUGCCCUUGUUUGCAAACUUAUCUUCCUUGAGUGUUCACUUUGACGACAACAAUUGGGAGAUUUUGCCAAACUUUAUGGAGAGCUGCCCGAAUCUAAGUUAUCUUGUCGUGGAAUCUACUACAUUUUCAAAGGAGGGAGCUAGUAUUGUGACUGGACCUUGGUGUCGCCUAUCAUCUCUAGAGUAUGUUGAGAUAAUAUCGCCAUUUGAAGGGGACGCGAUAGAGAUGAAAUUUGUGAGUUACUUACUUGAGAACUCACCAUGCCUCAAGAAACUCACUCUAUCUUUGGAGAAAUAUGCUGGUAAGGAAUCUUCCAUCCUCAGAGAACUCCUUAACAUUCCAAGGUGCUCUAGCUCAUGCCAAGUUGUUUUCAUCUGAUCCUCGAGGGUCAUACAAGGUUGCCUUUAUGUACUUUUAUUAAUGUGAACUCUGUGUUGAGUUUCUUCUUUAUUGUUGUGACUUUGAUGUGUUGUUAUAGCUCGUAAGAAUUUAUUGUGGUGACUUUGAUGUGUUGUUGGAGAUCUUAAGUGUUUUAACUGAACCAAAAAUGGAAUGAGGUUUAUGUAAGACUCAAGUAUUGAUAAAGGUUAUAAAAACUCGUUACAAGUACA